AUGGCUGUGACGCAAGAACAGUUACCCCACCAGCAGCGAUUAUCAGCAGCAGCUCGUCUUCGUGCUGCCCUCGCUGAGAAAUCAAAGACGAUUAUUUGUCCAGGAAUCUACGAUGGCAUUACCGCUCGACUUGCCCUCAAUGAAGGAUUCGAAUAUCUAUACAUGACGGGUGCUGGCACUGCAGCAACCCGCCUGGGUCUACCCGAUCUCGGAAUGACUACUAUGAAUGACAUGGUUGCAAACGCAGGAUCCAUUGCGUCCCUCGAUCGUUCAGUACCGUUGAUUGCUGACGCCGAUACUGGUUAUGGAGGUCCUUUGAUGGUUGCUCGGACAGUUCAGGCAUAUAUGACCGCCGGUGUGGCCGCAAUGCAUUUAGAAGACCAAGUUGUUACGAAGCGGUGCGGCCAUCUCGCCAAUAAAGAACUAGUCGAUGAAGAUGUUUACCUCAGUCGGAUACGUGCGGCCGUAAUGGCUAGAGAGGAAUUGGCAACAGCAUGGCCUGGAAUGGACAUUGUCAUUAUUGCACGAACAGAUUCUCUGCAAUCAUUAGGAUAUGAUGUAGCAGUCUCGCGUCUUAAGAAGGCAAUCUCACUCGGCGCGGACGUGGCAUUUCUAGAGGGAAUGACAAGUAUGGAGCAGUGUCGAAGUGUCUGCACUGAUUUGGCACCUGCACCGGUGCUUUUGAACAUGGUGGCUGGUGGAGUGACGCCUGAUUUGAGCGCCGAUGAAGCUGCAAGCUUGGGGUUUCGUAUUAUCAUCUUUCCAGCCGUGUGCCUUGGUCCGGUCGUAAAUGUUGUGGGUCAAGCUCUCAAAACUUUUAAGACGACGAGGAGGAACGACGUCAGUGAGUUCCAGAAACAAACCGGAGUGAAAGGAUUCUUUAAUGUCUGCCGCCUAAAUGAAUACCUAGAGUUUGAUCGUCAAGCAGGCGGAAAUGCAUUCAAUGGAGGGGUGUAA